AUGUCUCUCUCUCAACACAUCCCCACAGAGUCUUCCGAGAAGGUAGACGAGUAUGGGACUCACGAGAAACAACUCACUCAUGAGGUCUUAGAGGUAGACGAUUGGACUGCAGAAGAUGAAGUUUUGGCAAAGAGAGGUCUCAGACGUGUGGAUCUGUCAGUGAUCGUCACCUUCGCUGUGAAUCGGUCCAACAUCGGUAACGCCAACUUGACCGGUUUCAGCACCGACCUCGGUCUCGUGGGCAACCAAUAUGGUGCUGCGGUCUCUGUGGUCUACUCGACUUAUGUCUUCUUCGAACCAACUGCUUCCGUCCUGGUCAAGAUUGUCACGCCGAAGGUCAUGAUCACCUUCUGCACUCUAGCUUGGGCUGUUAUCACUAUCGGAAGUGCGUUUAUCAAAAACUACGAUCAGCUAUUGGCAGUUCGUAUUCUUCUGGGGAUCUUUGAGGCGGGGAUGAUUCCGACGAUCAAUCUGUUCUUAUCUAUGACCUAUAACAGAGACGAAUACGUCACUCGGCAGAUUUUUAUCUACUUUGCCAACUGUAUGUCAGGAGCAUUCGGUGGUCUACUAGCGUACGGACUCAGUCAGAUUCACGCCAGUGGGUUGCAUGGCUGGCAAUGGAUGUAUCUAGUUGAAGGUCUUAUCUCAAUCUGCCUCGUCCCCCUCGCUUGGUUCAUGAUCCCCAAUGAGGCUACCCAAUGUCGGUUCCUCAAACCAGCGGAAAGAGCAGCGAUGGAAAAACGAAGAAUUCGUAAUAGACGAAUUUACGAUGAGAGGGAUAAGUUCACCUGGGGAGCGCUCUUAGCCGCCGUCAAAGAUUUCCGAGUUUAUUUCAUGUGUAUUUCUCAAUUCGGUAUGCUCUGUACCGUAUACAGUUUAACUACUUUUAUGCCAUCCAUCGUGGCGGGUUUAGGGUUCACGACCCGUGUUCAAGCUCAACUCCUAACUGUUCCAGUCUAUGUCAUUGCCGCUGUCGGUUUCGCCAUCGCUGGAUUCUUUUCUGAUCGAUACAAGAUCCGAAGUCCCUUCAUCCUCGCUAGUAACAUUUGUAACUUGAUCGGAUUCAUCAUGCUUGCUGCUUCGGAUAGAGUAGGGGUUCGUUACGCGGGUUGUUUCAUCGGUUGUAUAGGUCUCUAUGCCGGAGGGACUCUCAACAACAUGUGGUGUGCGGACAACUUUGGUCCUCAUUACAAACGUGCUUUGUCAAUGGGUAUGAUGCAAUUUAUCGGAAAUACUGCCGGUGCUAUCAUCGGUUUCAUAUUUACAACUCAAACCGCCCCACGUUAUCUUAAAGGUCUUCAUUUCGACGUCGGAAUGACAUGCGUUUCUUUCCUUUGCACAUGUACCAAUGCUCUUUAUGCUCGUCAUAUGAACAAAAAGAAACGUGAAAUGAUAGCUGCUGGAGCACCGGAUGAUCCUUCUUUAGGAGACAAGAAUCCUCAUUAUCUUUGGUUCAUGUGA